AUGGCCGCGAACGUGAAGAAUGCUAAGUCCCAUGUCAUCUUCAAGAAGGUCUCCCGAGACAAAUCGGUGACCAUCUACCUGGGGAAGAGAGACUACAUAGACCAUAUCACCAAAGUAGAGCCUGUGGAUGGUGUUGUACUGGUGGAUCCUGAGCUUGUGAAGGGAAAGAAAGUGUACGUCACUCUGACCUGCGCCUUCCGCUACGGCCAGGAGGAUAUUGAUGUGAUUGGCCUGACCUUCCGCAGAGACCUGUACUUCUCUCGGGUCCAGGUCUACCCUCCUGUGGGGGCUGCGAGUGCCCUCACCCAACUUCAGGAGAGCCUCCUCAAGAAGCUGGGGGGCAACACGUACCCCUUUCUGCUCACGUUUCCUGACUACCUGCCCUGCUCAGUGAUGCUGCAGCCAGCUCCUCAAGAUGUCGGGAAGAGCUGCGGGGUUGACUUUGAGGUCAAAGCGUUUGCCACAGAUGUGACAGAUGGCGAAGAGGAUAAGAUCCCCAAGAAGAGUUCUGUGCGGCUGCUGAUCCGGAAAGUGCAGCACGCUCCGUCCGAGAUGGGUCCCCAGCCCUGUGCCGAGGCGGCCUGGCAGUUCUUCAUGUCUGACAAGCCCCUGCAGCUCUCAGUGUCCCUCAGCAAGGAGGUCUAUUUCCAUGGAGAACCCAUCCCCGUGACUGUGACUGUGACCAACAACACAGAGAAGACGGUGAAGAAGAUUAAAGUAUUAGUGGAGCAAGUGGCCAACGUGGUUCUCUACUCCAGUGACUAUUACGUCAAGCCGGUGGCCACCGAGGAAACACAAGAAAAAAUACCACCAAACAGCACUUUGACCAAGACGCUGACGCUGGUGCCCUUGCUGGCUAACAACCGAGAAAGGAGAGGCAUCGCGCUGGAUGGGAAGAUCAAGCAUGAAGACACAAACCUGGCCUCCAGCACCAUCAUCAAGGAGGGCAUUGACCGCACUGUCCUGGGGAUCCUGGUGUCAUACCACAUCAAGGUGAAGCUCACAGUGUCAGGCUUCCUGGGAGAGCUCACCUCCAGUGAAGUGGCCACUGAAGUACCUUUCCGCCUCAUGCACCCCCAGCCCGAGGAUCCAGCAAAAGAAAGCAUCCAGGACGAAAAUUUGGUUUUUGAGGAGUUUGCUCGCCAAAAUCUGAAAGAUGUGGGAGAAAAUGCCGAAGAGAAGCCGGCCAAGGAGGAGGCCGGCCCGGAUGAGUGAAGGAGAGUUGGCUCAGAUGCCAGCAAACAGCCUGUAGUUCCCGAUGUCACAGGCCAAGUCCUUGUCAGCCUUCACGGUUAUGCUACAUACGAAAGUAUGAACUUCCCUCCCAGAAAUAAAGUGUGUCUGUGUGUCCCCUA